AUGUUCCACCCCCAAGAUGAGACAGCAUGCUUACUCUUGGUGACAAGCUAUGUGCUUAGUCUGGAGGAGCGCGUUGCAUUCCUUGAGUCAAAGCUCCAUGAACGCGGCAUCUCGGUGGAUGCUGCGAACGAGGUUGAUAUCCCGCUACAGGAUUCUGCAUCAGCCAGAAGCCCAGAUCUAGAUGCGCUUCUGUCGGUCGACCAGAACAACCUACCGCCCAUAAAUGUUCACGGAGUUGGGACACGAGUGACAAGUGCAGGUGCAGCUACAGACGUGACUAAGUACCGCAUGUCGGCACCAGAUCCUACAGAGCAACCUAGCCUUUCCGAUUUGUUCUUAUCAGGUCUUGCCCACAGGCCAUGUGCCGCUGGUAAGGAAAUGGAGGGAAGCACAUCCGAAGAAUAUCUGCCACCGGACGUCUUAGGCGAGCUCGACAACUCCCGACUGGUGCUGCCUACGAGGCACGCAGCCCAGAGCCUCACCAAAGCAUACUUCCGGUUCGCGAAUCUAAGUCAGCCGCUACUCUAUGAACCGCAUUUUCGACAAUCGCUCAGCUACCUGUAUAGUAUGCCGCUUACCAUAGACUUCAACCGAACGCAUUGCGACAAGAAGGCAAAGUUGGCCAGCUUUUUGGUGCUUGAAGUAUUCGCAGUUGCGCUCCUUGUCCUCCAGAAGCAAGACCCUUCCAGAAUACCCACGUCACUAGCAGAUCGAUAUCACCGGACAGCCUCUGCCGCAUUGGCUAGUGCGAGCCUGCCAGCUACUAUCGAAGGUGUCCAAGCCCUGCUGUUGAUGAGCCAGUACUUCUAUCAUCAUCCCACCGAGUGGGCAGUCUGGAAAACUGUCGGCGCUGCUAUCAGACUAGCUGUCGAGCUUGGGCUCCAUCAAGAGCCCCCGGAUGGCCAACUGGAUUUCCUAACAACAGACAUCAGGCGUAGGACCUUUUGGGUGGCAUACGCCUUGGAUCGGAACAUUGCUUACGCCCUGUGCACGCCGACAUGCCUGGCAGAUGGCGCCAUCGAUACGCAAUUUCCGAGCGACAUCGAUGACGAAUAUAUCACUGCCGAUGGCCCGCUGGUACCGCCGCAUUCCCAAACCGGGCCAAAGUGUGUCAAUCUUCACGUUCUCCGCUUCCGGCGGAUUCAGUCGGAGAUGCAAACAGUCCUAUUUCAGAGAACACCGCCCGGCUACGUGCCAAUCGAUCUGAUCCAGUGGAGGCACCAGAUGCACCGGCAGAUUCAAGACUGGUACAACUCUGUGCCGCGUGAUAGCUUUUCACCUGAUCACCAACGCAAGGUCGUCGAGAACUUCGAUUUGACGUAUUUCCGAGCCCUGUUAUACCUCUACCAUCCGUCAAAGAACCUCCCAACCCAGGACGACACUUCUCUGGCUGCCGUAGCAGAUUCUGCAGCUCACAUGAUCAAGCUGUAUCGACGAUUCUUUGAUGAGCGGCGUCUGACGAUAUACUGGCAAGCUGUUGAUAGCCUCUCAGCGGCUGGUACUGCUCUUUUGCACAGUUACCGAGCAUCGCAGCAAGUACGGAAUCAGAUUGGCCUGGGUCACCUACAGAUGCUUAUUCAAACAUGUUCUUCUGUCCUUGGUGGGAUGGUUGAGCACUUUCCCAUGUUCCGGAAUAAGAGGGACUCGUUCGAUGCCACAGUCUCAAGGUUCUUGACGGACCUGACGACUGAAGUUGGCGAUCCCCCCUCACAGGCGAAACACGGGAUGGGCCCACUGAUUUUCAUUCGAUGCAUGUUCAGAGCUACAGUGGUAGCCAAAACCUCUCAGAUGAGUACCGAGACUCGCGCCCAAGCGCCCUAUCUUACCAGCAUGCACAAUUCAAUGCUGUCAACACGUCAUCCAAUGCUCAGGCAUUGA